AUGGGCAAGAGCUUGGGAUUGUUUGAGAAAAAAGGUCAAGAUCAGAUCGUGGUCAGGAUGCAGGGCAACCUGUGGCCCGGAGGUGCAGGCUCAGGAGCCGCCGGAGGGCCAGGAUCAGGGUGCGUUCUGGGAGUGGACAACAUGUCGUCCUCCUGCAUGACGCCUUACUCCCAUCCCCAUGGCAACCUCCCGGGCUUCAUGGGCAUGUCGGCGUCUCCUAGCCACCCGCACCAUCACCACCCUCACCACCCGGCCAUCAAUGGCCUCUACUCACUGCACGGCUUUCCAGGGAGCCUGGGGGCCCACUCCUUCGAGCCUAGUCCCGAGUCUGAAUACAAGCCUUCAGGCCUGGUGGCACUGCGCAUGAAGGCCAAGGAGCCCGGCAGCCUCCUAUCCUGGCCAACAUGACCGCAGGGCUGAUCCUCGACUUGAUUUCGGACUGAGUCAGCGUGGACACAUGCAUACCAACAUUCCAGCGCACACAGAACA